AUGACUUCCCAGGUGAGACAGAACUUCCAUCAGGACUGCGAGGCUGCAAUCAACAGGCAGAUUAACCUAGAGCUGUAUGCCUCCUACGUCUAUCUGUCCAUGGGUUACUACUUUGACCGGGAUGACCAGGCUUUACACAAUUUUGCCAAGUUCUUCCGUAAUCAGUCACACGAGGAACACGAGCAUGCAGAGAAGCUCAUGAAACUUCAGAACCAGCGGGGAGGGAGGAUCUUCCUUCAAGAUGUCAGGAAGCCAGAACGGGAUGAGUGGGGCAGUGGUGUCGAGGCUCUUGAAUGUGCACUGCAGCUUGAAAAAAGUGUCAACCAGUCUCUUCUGGACUUGCACAAACUGUGCUCCGAUCACAAUGACCCACAUCUGUGUGAUUUCAUCGAGACCCACUACCUAGACGAACAGGUAAAGUCCAUCAAGGAGUUGGGAGACUGGGUGACCAACCUACGUCGCAUGGGUGCCCCGCAGAAUGGCAUGGCAGAAUACCUGUUUGACAAACAUACUCUGGGCAAGGAAAGCAGCUAA